UUUGAUUUUUUUUUUGUUUAGUAUGCAAGUUCGCUCAUGUAAUUACCGAAAGGAUAUAUGUCAUUUUUAUUUUUCGUAACAUCUUAAAUUUGCUUAUAAUUUCAUCUUUAUGUUUUUAUCAAUUAUUCUUUACCAAAUUUAUAUAAUUACUCCAUUGAUAUUUAGCUGAUACUUCAUUGUUUGUACCUUCAUAACUAGAGUUAGUUUUAGUUGGCAGAAUAGACAUAAAGUUUGAAGCUAAUCUGAUCAUGUCUCAGCAACAAAUCGUGACUCCACCGCCAUCCGCAUCCCGAGAUUCCUCAUAUGCAGCUUCAGCUACAUCAACUCUGCCAAAACCUGGUUUAUUUAAGAGGUUUAGGAAUAAGACUAGUCCUCUGCUGUCAAAGUCAAGGAACUCAACUACUUCAAGUGAGUCAUCGACUGCUAUGGUUGAUCAUAGUAUUGCUUCUAUGCCAACCCCUAGAAGACAGGGUAGUUCGGGAAGUCGGAAAUCAGCUGGUCAAAGAGAUCCAAGUGUUACAAGAUAUCUUGACUUUGAUAAUUCAAGUUUAUAUGAUGACGAUGCUUACUUUGAUGAAGAUGGAGCUAAUCAUGACUCCGAUGACGAUGAUGAUUCAUCUACGCUGAAUUUAUCCUUAAAAAAGACCACUUCGUUGGAGACUCUUGAUAAACAUAGAUCUGAAAUACCCCAUUUUGAUGAUCAUAUGUUCAAUGAAAAGGUUAAUUUCCCAAGUCUUGAAGAUACUCAUUUCGAUGAUAUACCAUUAGAAAUCCAAAAGGAAGAAGAACCACCUUGGGUUGGAAUGACCUAUGAAUACCUUCUAACUCCGAAAUAUGUCAAAACUUCAAAACGUAACAAAAGAAGUCCAAGGAUCCUUAAUAAUGUAUUCCUUGCUCAAGAAUUGAAUUAUAGUGAAGAUCUUAAGAAGAAUAGUAUUACUGAUUUCGAAGGUGGUAGUGUUGUUUCUGAUACUAGCGAUAGAGACACAGCUCCGGAAGCUGGAAUAGAUGUAGAACUUUCAGAAAAGACAGAUGCGGCUAAUAAGAAUGAGAUCUUCGUGAUGGAAUUCUCAAGAGAUGGUAAAUAUCUUGCUACUGCUGGGGAAAAUGCCACUAUUGUUAUUUGGAAGGUUGUCUCAUCACCUUUAGGAAGAUUGGAGUUUAAAAAUACUGAAAAUGAAUUGAAUGUGAUAAGUAAAGCUCAUCAUAAAAAACACGACGUUUACUCAUCAGCACCAGUUUUCCAUCAAAAGCCAUUCAAGGUUUUACAUGGUCAUACCAAGGGUAUAUUGACCUUAGAUUGGAGUAAAAAUAAUUUCUUACUUUCGGGUAGUAUGGAUAGAACGGCAAAGUUGUGGCAUGUGGAAAGAGAUACUUGUUUACAAACAUUCCAACAUGAGGAUUUCGUUACCACUGCCAAAUUUCAUCCUACAGACGAUAGAUUCUUUCUCAGUGGUUCUCUUGAUAACCAUGCUCGAUUAUGGUCAAUUCUUGAGACUAAAGUUGCUUAUAGUAAGAAUUUGGGAGAUGAUGUUUUGAUAACAGCACUGCAAUUCACCCCAGAUGGUCGUUAUAUAAUCAUUGGUGGAUUCAAUGGUUCCUUGUUUGUUUUAGAAACGAAAGGAUUAUAUCACGUCAAUAGAUUUGAGAUAAAGGACAGAUCUAUGGUUAAUCCUUUCCACAACAAGAAUGGUAACAAGAUAACUGGGAUUAAAAUAUUCAAUAAUAGUAAUUAUAAAGAAGGAUCAACGACUAAGGAGUUGGAUAAAUGGUCCUUCUUAAUAACUACCAACGAUUCUAAAGUGAGAUUAGUACAUUGGAGUCUGAAAAGACUUGUUACUAGGUUCAAAGGUUUAACUAAUAGUAGUUCUUCGAUUGCUGCAUCUAUGAGUGAUGAUCAACAUUAUAUUAUUUCUGGUUCAGAAGAUCACUGGUGUUAUAUAUGGGAAAAUAAUAAUAGAAUUAUAAACAACAAAUUAAAGGCGUCCUUGAAGGAUUUAGUUAUAGAAGGAAAACAUCAUCUUCAUGAUUUACAUACCAAACACAAGAAAUAUUCGAAAGUAUUUGAGGAUAACAAGUACAUCAAAAAGCUUUUUGAAAAUGAUGAGCAAGAUUUCGAUUUCGUCUCAAAUGAAAACAAUAGCUAUGCUUCUUUCCAUGCUCAUCAUAGUAAGGUCAAUGUUGCAAUUUUUGCCCCAGAAGCAACGAAGAGAUUACUUGAAUUCUCUGAUGAUAUAAUCUUAGAUCUUGUGAAAAGAGGUAAAGCUUGUCAAUUUAAAUCCACAGGAACCCUCCCACAAGAGGAUGUUUUAACCAAAGGAGAAAUUAUUGUAACAACUGAUCAAAUGGGUCUUAUUAGAGUCUUCCGUCAAGAUUCUGCCUACAAGAUCAGAAAAAGAUUUAUCAAUAUGUAUAAAAAAGGUCCUUGUGCUCCGACAAAGAAAGAAGCUGUUGAUAUACAUGAUCCAAUUAUGGGCGGUAAGAGUAAUAGUAGCUCAAUAUCAAAUUUAAAGGAUAUGAAUAAUUGUGUUACUGCACUCAAAAUGGAUGUUGGAAGGAAAUUAACCAAAUCUGGGAGAAGUAUGAGCCCUAUACCGGCUGAUGUGUUUUCGUUGAAAAAGCCCAGCAGGAAAAAGGCAUCCUCCAGUCCAGUAUUACCCACUCAAUCUCCGAGUCUUUCAUCAAAGAAUUCACAUUCUUCAGUACCAACUGUGUUUACAACAGGUUCAUUUAUCAAUGGCAAGCAGCAUUUAAAUGUGGUGAAUUCAGGUUUGUUUGGAGAAGAAGGUAUGAAGGUUGAUCUUAUUCAUGAACUGAUCGAAAAGAAUAUGACGGACACGGAAAACGAGCAAGCAUCUUUACUCCCUGCAUCUAGCAUAUCUACCAAGUUAGAUGAAUUCCCAACUAUUGAAAAUAAGACUAAAGCAGGUUUAUUUAAUGAAGCCUUAGAACUUAAUUUUAGAACGCCACUGGAAAAUGUUGAAGAAAGAGUUCAAAAUGAAUUAUCUAAAUUACGAUUAGACAGUAUCAGCAGCAGAGGAAGAGAAAAGUAGUAAGUAUAUAGGCGUUAAGAGAUAAGGUUGGAAAUAUUUGAUUUUUUUUACAUAUGGUUUAGUUUUUAUUUAUUUAUUUAAUUUAUAUUUAUUUCAU